AUGAUGAUGCGCUACGUGAUCUGUAUUUUGCUUCUUGCACUUUGUUGUACUUGCAGUAUAGUGUUGGCUACUACUCUUCAACCUGGAGGUGGUGGUCUUCCCGCAACUGAAGUUGAUGAUCCUGAUGCUGCAGUUAGUGAACCGCGAACUGAGAAUAGUGAACUUAUUGCUGGUCUUGAACCUGGACGUGUUGGUACUGGGGUAGGCGGAGGAAGUGGUGGUGGAGAAGGACAAGAAUUGGUACGUUCUUCCAGUAUCGUUCGCCCUGAACAGGAAGGAAAAAAAACUGUGGAUGAAAGUUCUGAAAAGGAGCAACCUGACCACAAAGCACCUGCUACGUUAGUGGAACGCCGUAAUUCUGGUACUCUUGGCCAUUCAGAAUACCCAACACCAGAAGGACCUGAACUUCAAUCUCCACUUGUACAGUCUCGUUCUCCUCAACCUGGUACUGAACCUAUUCCUGGUGAAACAGGUGUUGCUGGUACUGGUGAUGGUGGUGUGAAGGGGAAUACCCGUACGGUUGAAGGAAGCAAUGGUGGACCGAUAGGAGAAACUCAUUCUUCUUCUCCAGGAUCCAGAUCGAGUGGUGACAGCUUACCAACGACCAAUCAGAAUGAACAAAAUGCUCCAAGUGAGAAUGCUAACACUGAGCCUGCAUCUACACAAGAAGGUGCAGACUCACAAUCUUCUCCUACACCAUCUACUGAAACUCCUUCCGCAUCUUCACAGGCAAAUGAGAGGACUCAAGCAUCUGAAACUGAAAAUGCUGAGAAUUACACAACACCUGCAGAGAGUGAAUCAAGUACAACCACCACCACCACCACAACAACAACAACACUUCCUCCUGAAUCCACAAACAACAAGAAGGGUGAUGCCGACAGCAGCAGCAGUAUCAGCAGUUCUGUGUGGGUGCGUGUACCACUACUGAUUGUGGUUACACUGGCCUGUAUUCUUGUGUGCUGA